AUGAGGUUGCAAGAACUUCAAGAUGCUAUAAACAAACUUCCAUUGAGACAUCCAAUUGACGUCAAAUUGUAUUGGAGAGCAUCGGAGUUAGGUCAGAAGGUUUUAUAUGAAACAGGUUGCUUCGACGAUGUUUAUGAGAUAGCAGGCGAAGUUUCUCAGAAGAUAAGAGACUCACUUGAAUUUCCACGAACUGGACCCAUUGGUUGCGACAAGUUCGACUCAAACGAAAAGAUAUACUAUGUCGACCUUAACGCUGCAUACAUGAGGUUCGUCCAAUAUAUCCCGACUGGAAUUCCAAACGAAGACGGUGAGUUCCCAGGAAGGAACUAUACAGUUGGAAAAGUCAUACAACAACUCUAUGAUAUUAGGAAAGCUUCAAACCCCAAACUUGCAAUGACACUCAAAUUGCUUAUGAAUUCGACAUGGGGAUAUUCCAUUAAGAAACCUCAAGAGAUGAAGAGUAAACAUUAUGAGAAGGUCGACAACUUUGUUGAAAGGUUUUCUCCUUUUGUUUUGAAGUACGAAUUCACUCAAGGUCAAAGUGGCUUAGUAACCACAUUAAAACCUAUUGUCGAACAUUGGUCUUACCCUCAGUUCGCAAAGGCAGUCCUUGACAACUACAACAAAUUCUUCUCCGAAGUCAAAUCGAAAGUUGUGGUUUACUAUGAGAACAUUGACGCACUCAUGACGAACGAAGAAGGGUACAACAAACUCAUUGAAAUGGGUUUAGUCGGUGAGAAGAUGGGUCAAUUCAAAUUGGACAAAAUUUUCACCGAAGUUCAUGUAAUAUCGAAAAGGAAGUACUGGGGCAUACUUGAAGACGGCACAGAAAUAAAACAUUGCAUGAAAUAA